AUGAUGGUCUUGCCACCCUUUUGGUCAUUAAUAUUCUUAAUUUUUAUUGGUAUCAUAGCUGAUAGUCAAACUCAAUUUGUUGAAAGGAUUAAAAACAAAAUAAGAAAAGUAAUAGCCGGAAAAGUAGGUACUACAAAGAAGAGUUAUAGUUAUGAAGAAAUGAUUCUAUUUCCUAAUACUGGAUUUCAACGUAAAGAUGGUAAUUGGCGUUUAAAUGUAUAUGGUUGGCGUUUUAAAAGAUCAAGUCGUAAUAAAUUCUUAGGUGAAUCAUCGUCAACACUAGGUGAACGUAUUGCACGUCUACUUGCUACACCCGAACAAAUUGUCUAUUUCAAUGAUACAUUUCAACGUGAUCGUCUUAAACCUUUUAUGGUGAAAGGUAAAAAAGAUGAAGAAAUUUUGAUUAUAAUUGGAAAAAAUAAUAAUUUUACAACAAAAACGGAUAGUGAUGGACAAUUUCGUACAUCAUUCAUUAUGUCGGAUGUAGACGUACAAAAAUUAAAGAGUACGUCAAAAAAGGAUCAAGUUAUAACAUAUAAAGCAGUUGGAGAUAAUGCUGAUUUAUGGGAAGGAAAAAUUCAUUUAUUACAACGAUAUGGAUUAUCUAUUAUAUCUGAUAUUGAUGAUACAAUUAAAAUUAGUGAAGUACUUGAUAAAAUUCGAUUAGCAGCUAAUACAUUCAUUCACAGUUUUCGUGUUGUAGAAGAUACAAGAAUGCAUAAAAUUAAUCAUUUACGUUAUUUUAUUUUUAACUCGUUACGUAAACUCGUAUUAAUUGGAGAUUCAGGUGAACAGGAUCCAGAAAUUUAUGCAUUUGUCGCACGAAAAUAUCCGAAACGAAUACACAAAAUUUUUAUUCGAGCAGUCAAAGGCGAAACUAAAAAUGAUAAACGAUUUUUAAAAGCAUUCAAAGACGUACCAAGAGAAAAAUGGCUUAUAUUUACCGAUCCAAUUAAUGAAUUACCCAAAGAUUUAAAUAUCAAAUAA